AUGUGUAUCCAAGAUUUCACGCUUUACCACUGUGGCUGUCAGACGAAAGGCAGCCUCCGAGCGUGUGGCGAAAUGCAAUGCAGUCAUAUCAAGGACAUCGCUAAGCAACUCCCAGACCAUUGCGAAUCCUGCCAAGCGAAACUGGAGGAAGGUAUCGAACUACCUCAACGAAGAACCAGUACCAUCAAGAAGAUCAAAAGAACCUUGAGUCUGCGAACCGCUAAAUCUCCCGAAUACUCGAGAGGACAUCAGAGUCGCAAGGGGAGCAUUAGCAUGCGCAUGACCCCGGAGGAUGAUGGAUGGGUGAACCCAUUUAAUGACCCACUUUGA